AUGACGAGAUUGGUGAGACUGUUGGAAUUGGUCGGUUUGGUGGCCGUAUCGUUGUUGAAGGUGAACGGUGAACAAAUGGUAUUAUCGAACGAUAACCACGCGCGGGAGAAGAAAGUGGUAACAGCAGACAGACAGAGCAGCAGGGUUGUUUUCGGUGGUCCUAGCUGUCCCACCGAUAUACCUUAUUCGUGUCGCAAGGGUGCGGAACAUCAAGUUGACAGCUGCUGUUAUGAGGCCACCGGGGGGCUCUUUUUGCUGACGCAGCUUUGGCAAUACGACGAUUCUUCCCCAUAUUUAAGGUAUGGCAGGAAACGUGAGGAGAACCGAGGGCCGAAAGACGCGUUUACAGUGCAUGGUCUGUGGGGUGACCGUUGUGAUGGGUCGUACGAUCAGUUCUGUAAUCCGCAGUUGGCCGUGAAGGGCGUCACGGAGGUUCUGGAACAGGCAGGGUUGAAUGACGGGAGCUUGCCAGUGAGCGGGGAAGAAUUGCUCAAGGAGAUGAGGAAGUGGUGGCCAUCGACGAAGGGCUCUGUCGAUGAGUUUUGGUCCCAUGAGUAUAACAAGCACGGGCUGUGCAUGUCCACGUUGCUGCCACAAUGUUUCCAGGACGGCAAGGCUGCCGGCGGCAGUCACAUUGCCAGCCAGGAGUUGUCUGUGUACAACUAUUUCAGGGUUGCCAUGAAUCUUUUCAAGAGGUACGACACAUUUGCCGUGCUCAGGAAGCAUGGGAUUGUUCCAAGCUGCACUCGUACCUAUAAGUUGCAAGAGAUCAAGGCUGCGCUGCGCAAUGUGUUUGGCGUGGACGUCGAGGUGAGAUGCGACAACAAACAUGCCAUUUCGGAAGUCUGGUACUUCCACAUCUUGAAGGGGAGUGUUCUUGGCGAACAGUUCUUGCUUCUCGACAGCGCUAGCGCCAGCAAUUGUCCCUCGUCUGGCAUCCGGUGGUACCCCAAGCCCUGA